UCAGAAGUGACAUCUUGCUUACUACUUUGCAUGUGAUCACUGAUUGGCCAAUCAGUGAUCACAUGAUCGGGACCUCGUACAGAGGUCCCGUCCGACGAUCGGUGUUUCACUGUGUCCGGAGGACACAGCGGGCACCGGAUCGCGGUGCUGCGCGCUCCCAGGGAGCGCGCACAAGCAGGUGGAUAAGCACCGUGGUGGAAAGAUUGUUUCGAAAGAGUCAUUUCACUUAAGGACUGAAAAUUGCUAGUCAUUUACUAUAUGGACUAAUAUUUUUUUUUUUUUUGCACCA